AUGAUCGGCCUGCGCAAAGCCUUCGUUUUCAGCACGUUGCUGCUGGGCACCUUGAGUUCGCCCGCACAUGUUCCAGAAGAUGAUCAUGCAUUAAUCAACUGGGAGGCAUUCCAAUCGUUACUCGACACCGUUGACCCUGCUGCCCUGCAUUCCGUCCUCCACUCGCUCUCCCCAAAAUUCCAAGACGGUGUCUUCAGCAAGGACCGCGCAGCCAUUGAGCACGUCCAUUCCGAGAAUCCCAUCAUUGCAAGCAAACUAGUCCACCUCGCAAAGAAGAGACAGGACAGCAACUCGACGACCACAGCCACGACAACACCCUCCACUGAUGCUCAAAGCAGCGUUGCCUCCGAAUCGAGCUCUCGGGCAGCCAGCGUCUCUUCCAUCCUCUCAUCCGCCAUCUUUGCAUCCACGGUACCCGGAGCCACGACCGUGACGGUGCCUCCAACGACUCCACCCUCUGCCACACCAGUCGAAACUUCUGGUGAUGCUGUGGUCUUCAGCACAUUCGGGGGCGGCCUGGUAACGCUCACAUCCUCUGCUUUGAGCGUCCACUUCACCCCCAGUACCUCCACCCAGCUCUUCUACGCAACUGCCGGUGACGGGUCUGUUCAGACAUCGACGUCAGUGGUGGUGGUCAAUGCGCCGGUAACGGAUAGCGGCGAUGCCACCGGUGCCGCCGGUGCCGCGACAACCACGGGAAGCCCGGGACUGCAGAACGGUGGUGUAUCGAUAAAGAUGGGAGGUCUCGCCUCUAUAUUUGCUGGUCUGGGAGGAUUGCUCUUCCUUGCGCUAUAG